GUCUUUACGCGCUUACGUAAGGUGCGCUCCAAGUCUUGAGAUGACGGAAGUUUAGGACAGACGGUUAGUGUGAGUUUGCUCUGGAGUUUUGCUUUAAAUCGCUGUUUUUUUUUUUGCCAUAGCUACUGGACACAUCGUAUCGAAGUUUCAGGGGCUUUUAGGAUUUUCAGUCUUUUUUGAAGUGUUGUGUUUUUACACAGACACCAUCAUGGCCCCACAUCCUGUAAUACAAGCUGUCAUUGACUUCUCAGCAGGAGCAGCAGGUGGUACAGCCUGCGUGCUAAGUGGUCAGCCAUUUGACACAGCCAAGGUGAAGAUGCAGACGUUUCCCAGCAUGUACCGUGGCUUCAUCCACUGCUUCAUUUCAACUUUCAAACAGGUGGGACUCCGUGGUCUCUACAAAGGCACCACACCGGCCCUCCUUGCCAACAUCAGUGAGAAUGCGGUGCUCUUCUUAAGUUACGGCCUGUGCCAGGACGCUGUCCGCCUUUUGUUAAGGAUGGAUAAAGGAACCGAACUAAGUGACAUCCAGAAAGCAUCUGCUGGGUCCUUAGCCUCCAUCUUCUCCUCCAUGGCCUUGUGCCCAACAGAGUUGGUGAAAUGUCGCCUGCAGGCCAUGCACGAAAUGGAAGCGACUGGCAAGGUAGCGAAAGGACACCGGAGCACUGUCUGGUCUGUGGUUAGGACUGUACUGAGAACUGACGGUCCUUUGGGUUUCUACCAGGGACUGACCUCAACCAUUGUUAGGGAGAUACCAGGUUACUUCUGCUUCUUUGGGGCCUAUGAGUUGUGUCGGACAACUUUUGCACAACAUAAGGGCACAGACAAAGACAGUAUAGGCAUUCUUCCACUCAUGUUUAGUGGUGGAUUUGGAGGAGCUUGUCUUUGGCUGGUGGUCUAUCCAAUAGAUUGUGUAAAGUCUAGGAUCCAGGUUUACUCAUUAGCUGGAAGGCAAGAGGGGUUCAUGAAGACCUUCUUGGGUAUUAUACGUACUGAGGGGUUCACCGCUCUGUACUCUGGUUUGACUCCCACCAUGAUACGCACCUUCCCUGCCAACGGAGCCCUCUUCCUAGCUUACGAGUUGAGCCGCAAGUAUAUGAUGGAUAGGGUGGGUGCUGAUUAAUCCCCCUAAUUAACAUGUCUGACCUGAUGUAACUCUGCCUACAAUGUUUUGUUUAAAUGAUAAAUAAAGUGGUUGAUACUUCUAAAACAAUAUUAAAAUAAGAAUUUUGUUAUAACAAAUUUCAGGCAAAAUGUCUUCGUCAUAUGAAAUAAAGUUUUAAUCUU